AUGAAUAAAUUAAGUCAAGAAAUCAAACAAAAAAAAGAACAACUUAACAAAGCUAUAACUCAUCGAAUGGAUGAUUCUCAUUCAGAGAAAGAAAAGCGUGAAAAGUUGACAACGCUUCAAUACGAAGUUAAUAGAAUGGAAGAAGAUUUUAGGCGGUUGACUCCAAAAGCUACUAUGAAUGGAAUAACAAGUAUAAAGACAAUUCUCGAAGAAUACAGAGAUAAGAGAAUCUUUCCUGAAGUUGUCAAUGGUUAUUAUGGUCGUUUGAUUGAUCUUUUUACUUGUGCCCCAGAAUUUAAUAAAGCAAUUGAAGUAACAGCUGAAUCUCGUCUCUUUUACCAUGUUGUCGAGAAUGACGAUGUUGCAAUGAAAUUACUUGAAGCUGUUAAUGAACGUUCUCUGCCUGGAGAAUUUAAUUUUUAUCCUUUAAAGCGAAUUUUGGAUACUCAACCUCGAGAAAUUGUUGAUCAGGAAGCUCGUCCACUCAUUGAAUGUAUGCGAUUUGAUCAAAAAUUCAAUCAAGUCUUCAAAAUGGUAUUUAAAGAUCAUGUUCUUGUGCCUAGAUUAGAUGUUGGUACACGUGUUGCGCGUGAUCAAAUAAGCCAUCGUGGUCCAAUGACGGGAGGUUAUAUGGAUGUUAAACGUUCAAAAUUGGAUUUGAUUCGAAAAUUAAAAGAAGCAGAAAAUGACAAAAAUGAUUUGGAGAAAGAAAUUGACCGCUUAACAGAAAGAAUUUCUCAAAAUCUUAAUGGUGUAGAUCAAAUACGGUUGGAAAUUUCAAAGUGUGAAACUCAAAUUCAAACACUCAAUAAUGCUUAUCACAAUUGCUUGGCUAAAAAACAAAUAACUUCUGAAUUACUUAAUAAAUUAUCGAACAAUGCUGAACCUAAAAAAGCACAAAUUACCAAACUCAACAAUCGACUUAAAGAGCUUACUGCCCAAAAAGUAUCAGUCAAUAACCAACUUAAAGCUCCUUUGGAGGCUGGAUUAACUGAAGCUGAGAGGGAUAAAAUUAAUAAAAUGGAGGAUGACAUUAAAAAGGGUAAAGAUGCUCUUGAAAAAAUUUCCAAAAAUCGUGCCGAUUUGGAAAAUCGAAUACAAACGAUUAAUAACGAAUUACAACACAAAUUAUAUAAAAAACGAGAACAUUUAAAUGCUGUAAUUGAAUCAUUUGAUGCUGGUGAAAAAUUAAAUCGUUUGGAUGCACAACAAUCAGAAAUUAGACUUAUUAAUGUAAGAGUGAACAAGUUAUUGGAAUUUGUUGGAGAUUUAGAUUUGAGUAUAGAGGAAUAUAGCAAAAACAAAGCAAAAUUGACUGAUUCGUUAGAAAAAUUACAAGGUAGACAAAAGGAAGCGGAAAAGUCAUUGGAAGAUUUUGCUAAAAAUGCUGAAAUUUUUUGUACAAAAAUAGCCAAUCUUCAAUCUAAAAGGGAAGAAUAUUCUAGAAAGAUAAAAGAAAUUGGCCCAUUACCAGCAGAUGCCCAUGGAACUUAUGAUAAAUUACCUUUAAAACAAUUGGAUAAAAGAUUAACUGAAGCAAUGAAUCAUUUAAAAAAAUAUGAAAAUGUUAAUAAAAAGGCUUGUGAACAAUUUAUUCAGGCAGCCUCACAAAAAGAUGAUUUGGCUAAAAGAGUGAAUGAAUUACAGAAAAAUGAACAGGCAAUAAAAGACUUGUUAACAGUUUUGGAAAAUCGACGUUAUGAAACUCUUCAUUUAACAUUUAAGCAAGUUGCAAAAUAUUUUUCUGAAGUGUUUCGUAAACUUAUACCUAAUGGAUCGGCUAAUUUGGUAAUGCAAACAUUGGAGAAAAGUUUAAGUACUCGUUCUACAACAACAUUAUCUCAUAGUACAACGUUGCAAAGUGGUGCUGAAACUGAAACUACAAUUGGUGAACAACCAUCUAUGCCGGAGCGAGUUUUGCAUGAUUUGGAAACUUUUGUUGGGACAAGUAUUAAGGUUUCAUUCACUGGUGGUACAGAAACUAGAGACAUUACUUCACUUUCUGGUGGCCAAAAAACUUUGGUUGCUUUAGCUUUAAUUUUUGCUAUUCAAAAAUGUGAUCCAGCACCUUUUUAUUUGUUUGAUGAAAUUGAUGCUGCUUUGGAUCAAGAACAUAGAAGGGCGAUUGCUGAAAUGAUACAUGAUCUUUCUCAAACUGCUCAAUUUAUUACGACAACAUUCCGUGCUGAAUUGUUAGAACAUGCCGAAAAAUUUUAUGGUGUUCGUGUACGUGAUAAGGUGUCUUAUAUUGAUGAGAUAGCAAAAGCGUCAGCUUUUGAUUUUGUGCAGGAUGAUCAGGCACAUACUUGAGGAUUAUAUAUUUAUUUAUUUUGAGAUAAAUUUUAAAGAAAAUACUUAUUAUUUUUUUUGGUUAAUUUGACUAUUUUUUUGGAAUUUUAAUUACCUAUUUAUUUUUGCUUUUUUUUUGUUUAAGGUUGGUGAUUUUUUUGAGAAAAAAAAUUUUUGUUUGGUUAUUUGAUCAUUUGGAAAAAUUAAAAAAAAUUUUCUUUUAAUAGAAUGUCUACUCUCCCUAUAAUCUCUUUAAAAAAAUUAAAUCACUAAACCUUUUAAUCUCCUAUGCCCCUUAUGAAUAUUUCCUCUACAAAUUUUGGAUCUCCUCUCUAUCUUUUGAACAUUUAUGUUUAUUUUAAAAAAUUUUUGGAAAUAAAAUUUUUUUGUAUUUGGUUU